CGUGCCAACAUGGCUGCGGCUGUUUCCAAUGAACAUUUUUCCUCCUUGCAACUUCUUCUGAAGGCUCCGUCGAAGGACGCUGUGCGGGAGCUGUGUGCUCAGAGUCACCGGUCAGCCGCCCCGCCAUCACGACGGCUUGCGGAGAACACAGCCGGAACUCUGGCCAUUUCCGCUACAGAGGCAAAACAGCUUAUCCUGGCUCUUCACACCCUGUCCCACUACAUCCUGUUCCACAAUCUCAACACACCAGAGCAGAUCCUAGCUCUGUUCCCCGAGUCCUUUCACAGCAGCCUGAAGAAUCUCCUCACCAAAAUCCUGCUUGAACACAGUCCAGCGUGGAGAACUGAUGCUCUGAGUAGUCAAAUCUCUCUCCCUCAGUUGAAGGAGUUGGACUGGAGGGUUGAUAUGAUGACGGCCUCCGACUCCAUCAGUCGCAUGGCUGUCCCAACCUGCCUGGUACAGCUAACAGUAGAUGGACGACUCAGACUCUCUGUCAUCAGUGACAAUGGAGUUGACCAAGGAGACUUUGGAGACCAUGUUGGAUGGACUUGGACGGAUCCGGGACCAGCUGUCUGGGGUGGCAGGGCAGUAAAUACACAGACACCUUAGUGCUGUGGAACUUGGGUUACUACACGCCCAUCUUUUUUUUUGUAUAUAUAUAUAUAUAUGUUGACAAAUUAAAAGAUAACAUGACUGA